GAAAGGAUUAGAUAAGCGUAAUGCAUAAUUAAUUCACGCGGACAUUGCAUUUUUAUUUUAUUUUCCCUCCGAUAUUUACCGCUUUGAAAGUUACCCAGCAUUGCGCCUUGUCAAUAUAGAAAACUACAUUACACCGUAUGUUACAUUUACACGCGCAUCUUUAUUGUUAUUGUAAAAAUAAUUUAUUGUAAAAAUAAAUACAAGGAUAUCAGAAUAAAAUGUAGGUUGCAAAAUGACAAAAUAAAUGCUUGGUAACAUAUUUAUGAUUCAAGAAACUAUUGUUGAUGCACAGCAAAAUGCUGAUAUUGCAGUUAGCAUCUCUUCUGGGAAUAUGUGGUUUUGUUGACGCCCGGACUCCGUUGUACGUUGGUGCUUUGUUCGAAUUUUCUGAGCAUUGGUUCAAGGAUUAUACGCCAUUUUUCCCGAAAAUAAUCGAACAUGCUGUGAAAGGAAUACAAAACAGAACCGACAUUCUGCAGGACUACGAUCUUCAGAUUGAAUAUGGAGAUACAAAGGGACAAAACGGAUAUGCCGCCACUCAGAUGAUUGAGAUGGUCCAGGGAAAAGACCGCCCGAAAAUUGCAAUUCUCGGGCCAAGUCUAUCGAGGGAACUUAUAGUCACAGGUCAACUGGCACCUUUUCUUAAAGUAAUACAGCUAUCUUGCGUGGCAACGACGGCCACCACCGAGAAUGAAGACCUAUAUCCAACAGUUUUUACAGUCAACCAAGUUCCUCAUACAUUGGACAAAUUAAGAGUGGAGAUGACUCGCUACUUUGGAUGGAAGCUUAUAGGAACUUUAGCUUUUCAAAAAGAAUAUUCAACGUCACAAAUUGACUCAUUUCACAAGCAUCUUAAUAUAAUUAAAGACGCUGAUAUUGAGUUGGUGGCUACAGCAAUUGUUGCAAACAACAGUAACAUUAAAUACGCAAUUGAACGAUUCAAGGAAAACAAUGUGAGAAUUAUUCACGCUGUUUUUUCAAGUACAUAUGCACCAUACGUAUUUUGCGAGGCUUAUAAGCAAGGUAUGUAUGGCAAUAGUUACGUGUGGAUAUUAUCUGGUCCUAACAUGUACAAGGACUGGACAAACAAGGCCUCUCUUACAGAUUGCACCGAAGCUGAGCUUGUUACAGCCAGUGACGGCUACUUCACACUUGAUUAUCAUCCGAUUGGCCAAACGGAGGUCACGACUGUCAAUGGGCAGACUGCACAGGAUAUUUGGAAUGAUCUGGAGAAACAAGCUCAGAAACAAAAUUUGACCUUAGUCACAUACACUGGGUGGAUAUAUGACAUGGUCUGGGCUCUUGCUAUAGGUUUGAACAACAGUUUGAAAUACCUUGAUCAAUCAGGACUGAACAGAUACAACUAUAGUGAUUAUUAUUUGAAUGCAAUUACAGCGGGGAUGAAAGACGUCGAUUUCAAUGGGAUGUCAGGACGAGUAAACUUCGCUGGAACGAGAUUCAGAAAAGGCGACUCGUACAUUGAAAGAAACAAAGAAGGAGGAAACAGUCGGACAUAUAUUGCCUCAUUUCUGCUUGACAACAGCACGUACGGAAAUGAAUCCUACAACUUUAUCCUUAAAAAUGAUCCUUGGCCAGAUGGUUGGCCAUUGGACCGCUUUAUGACAAAAUAUACUUUAAUUUCAACAAAUGGAGUAGCAUUCGGACUCGUGUUGGCUUUCUUGACUGCUGGCCUUAUUAUGUCUGGAGCUUUUCUUGCAUUUAAUAUUUAUUACAGAAACCAAAGAUCCAUAAAAAUGUCGAGCCCUGUCAUGAACAAUGUGAUUAUAUCUGGUUGUAUUUUACUGUACGUGGAAGUUUUGCUGUCAUCUUUUAGUUAUUAUAGGGUAAUGAAAACCGACACAUGUAUGAUCAGAACAUGGAUGAUGGCAAUAGGUUUUACAACAUUGUUUGGUGCUUUAUUCUCAAAGACAUACAGGAUAUAUGCCAUUUUUAGGGACGGAAGAUUGAAAUUAAAGAUUAUAAAAGAUUAUCAAUUAAUUGCGAAAGUUGGUGUUUUACUUGCCAUUGAUUCUAUCAUACUGAUUCCUUGGACCAUAUUUCAUCCUCAAGUUAUGAAAGAAUUCUCCGAACUUGACAAAAAAAUCGAGAAUAAGAAUGUGCUUCACUACACUGUGUACCUACAUUGUAAUGGGGACUAUGAAGUUUAUUGGUUCGGUAUUCUCUACAUUUAUAAAGGCCUUCUUCUCGUCAUUGGAACGUUCCUAGCUUGGGAAACAAGGACUGUGCAUGUGGCAGAAUUAAACGAUUCUAAAUUCAUCGGUGCAUGUAUAUACAACGUGGUCGUUAUUUGCGUGUUUGGAGUACCACUAGCCCACGUGCUGUCAGUGCAACAGAUGACUAUUUCAUUUGUUUUGAAUUCGUGUCUCAUCAUAUUUUGUACAACAAUUUGUCAAUGUAUAAUCUUUAUUCCAAAGAUUCGAAAUCGGAAUCAAGUCCAUGGAAAGUUUAUAAUUCCUUCGCUAAAUGCGAGUAGCAGCGAUUGUUCACGACGUUUUACAAAAAAUAGUUAUGCUGAUGAUUCAAGGGUAAUAUGUACUGGUCAAAACACAACUGAAGAAAAAUCUAUGGAAGAUAUUAAGGAAGAAAACGAGACUCUGAGAAUGCAGAUAGCCAAAGAAGCUAUUGCUAUGGCUAAACUAAGGAAAACCUUGUUAGAUAUGACCGGAGAUUUACAUAUAUACAAGAGCAAUGACAAGUACGUCGUGUUCAGGAAGAACACGGAUAAUGGUUUGCAAGAAAGUAAUGUUGACUUUGCAUAAACAGUGGAACAUGCUUAUAUCUGUGACAAAAUAUAACAUAUGUCAUGCUUAUAAAACUCUGUCGACAAUGGAAAUGAAAGAUUUGUAUAUUCUCUAUCCAAGCAACUAAAAUGAAGCUAUCAUUCAAUUAUAACUUUGGAUAAGUUCCCUUUUAAUUACAUGGAAAGUGGUGGAUUUAAAAUAAAAGUACAAAAUGUAUUUUAUUUCUAAAAGUAAGAUCAAAAAUAAUUGAUUACAAAAGAAGUGAUACCUUACUUACAAUGGCCACGUGAUUGUUUGGAAAUCUCAUUUGGUUUUAUUUAAAUUUGUUUUUAUCUACAUAUCAUGAUUUGCCUUAUUGUGCAAUGAAGAAGACAUGUUGUCUUUCAUUCUAAUCCUGUUUUUAAGAAUAUUUGAAUUGCUCUCUGUAUAUUGUAAAUUGUAACAUGUAUAUAUAUUCUGAGAAAUAAAAUAUGUUUAAACUAAUAAAGAUAAUCUAUACCAGGAGAUAAUUAUAGUUUAAAAAGUUGAAUUAUAUUCAAGUUCUUUUUAUUAUUUUUAUAUGCCAUGCGUAUUAUUUCAUACUUUACUUUCAUAAAUAAUCUGGUGUAAAGUUCAAGCAUUUCAUGUCAGUUCUUAAUUUACAAUUUUGUUUGCCAAAGUUUUCAAAUAAUGUUCUUUGUGUUCAACUAAAUAUAGAAUUUUCCUUUUUUUAUAACAGAAUUCAAUGCGCUAAUGUUUUAAUAAUGACAUUAUUUCGUUUCCUUGUUCUGA